CAAACAUGGCUUCCCGACUUCAAUUUUUAGGCCUGCCUCCAGAACUUUUAAUGAAAAUAGUGAGUUACCUGCCAGCUAGAGAUGUUUCCAGUGUUUGCCAAUCGUGUAAGAAACUUCUUCAACUAGCAGAUCAAGAAUUAGUUUGGCAAAAUUUAAUUAAAGCAGAGUUUAACAUCAGAAAUCAACUGAGUAAUUAUCAUGGUUCAUAUAAAGAUGUCUAUACAAAAAUUCUAUAUGAAUAUAAGAAUAUGUUGGGAUUAUGGCAGCCUGAAAUGGGUUCUUAUGGUGGUCUGUUACACAUAAAGUUAAGAGAAGGAAAGUUGAUAGGUGAAGAAUGUUUCGCACCAAUAGAUCCUGACGUUUACCAGAAUUUACGAAUUAAAAGAUUGUUUUCCAUUCAGCUAUCGGGUGAUUUAUCGUGUGUUGAUGUUUUAUGUUAUCGUGGUUUCGCUGGUCCACAUCCGAGUCACAUAGAAUAUACAGAGUCUGGUAAUGUAAAGUUUCGCUGCUCAGAUUCAGAUAGUCACAAACAUCCAGAGGGCAAACAAAGUGAGUUUGAAAGUUGGCUUGUAGAAGAAACUGGACAACGACCAAGUGAAUUCUUUGUUCAUGGACAGGAAUUAUUAUUGAUGAAGUUUUUAGUUACAACACAAUUGGGAUGUACAUAUGAUUUGACCAGAGUUCACCUGCCUCCACCUGAAGUUGACGUAGUUAUUCAACCUGGUUUAUUUAAAGGUAAUUAUGGUGGUCAUGGUAUAGAACUCAUCAUGUUAGAAUAUCUACCCAAUAAAACAGAAGCCCACGGCAAGAAAAUUACAGGUGAUCCAAAUGUUCCAGCCAAUAAAAUUAGUUUAUACAUUGAUCUGACUCGACCAAUGGUAUUAUCGAUAGAACAGCAACGAACGAUUGACCUUUUACAACAGAUAGAUAUACCCGACCUCCCGCCCGACACCUAUCCCAAUAAUCUACAAAAACAGUCAUUCCGUGUUCCUGAUGAUUGCUUCGAAAGAUUUAAUCGCACCCCAACAUCUUGUAUAGCCAGGUUCCAUGCUAAUGGGCAGAUUGCAGGACAUGACUACAGUAACCCGUCACAAACCCCAGGCCAUUGGGUGGUUUUUAAUGAGAAUACCUUUGGUUUUCUGUGGCUGGAACUGAAAUCAUUUAGUCUUUAUUCUAGAGUAACAGAGGAAUUUGAUUGAUGAUAUAUUUUAUAAUACAUGUAGUUUAUAUUUUCACUUUUUUCAACUCACCAUGGUUAUUACAUGGUCCAUAUUUGCCAGUAGAUAAUUAUUUUCUUUUGUAAAAUGAAGAUUCCAGGGGAAGAAUGAUCUAAGUCACAUUUUUGUCUUUUGGCAUAAAAGGCAAAACAGACUUAUGGACCUUGUGGGUUUAAUUACAACUUAAAAAUGAUGUUUAAUAUGAAUUAUAAUUACCAGUACAACAACUGACUUCCACUUUUCAGCUAAAUUAAGGUCAAAUAAAUGGUAUGAUGGACUUAUAUUUGUCCUGGAGCCCAUUUUAGAAGGGCCUUGGUUCGAUGUGACUCUGAUCGUUUUUACCUGAAAUUGAUUGUUCCACAGAAAGCUUAUACAUUUUGCUACCAGAUGGCGCCAUUAACUAGGGUUCGUUGAAAAAGUGACUUAGAUCGUUCUUCCCCGGGGCUUUGCAAAUGCUUUUUGAUUUGAAGUGAUUAGAUUAUGCAAAAUUACGUCUUACAUGUUCUAAUUAGGCUGUUACCAAAAUUUGAUGCGAAUCUGUGGGGUUGGAUGGCCGAAUGGUUAGCAUGUGCUCGCUGUAUCAUAAGGUCUGUUAUUGAGUUAACUGACGUGGUUUCGAUUCCCCGGUUGUACGUGACAAGGAAUAGGGUUGCCUGUCCAACCUCGUGAGUUUUCUCCAGGUCCUCUGGUUUCCUCCCACUACUAAAAGACGCCUACGUGCAAGCGAAUUAUUGAAAUAAAACUAAACCAUGUAUUUGUCCCGAAAUGACUUAGUUUGUGUCAAGUGCACGUUAAACCCCAUUUCUCUCUCUCUCUCUUUGAUGGAAAUCUGCAUUGAUGUCGAUAUUUUGGGUGAAAUGGGGUUUAAUGUCUAAACUUUUCUGCACCAACUAGGCUUAGUAAGAUUGUACUAAAAAUUUGAUGGGAAUCUGCAAAGCCCCUGCUAUGAUCUCAACAUUUCCAGAUUGUACUCAGAAUUUGAUGUGAAUCUACACUGAUGUCAACAUUUCAACUUAUGACAUUUAACCAUUGCUUUAUUUCACUAUCGAAUUGGGCAUAAGCCAAGCAAUUUGCCAGAAAGGGAAAUUUUGCCUGAAAAGUUGUCUACUCUUCAACAGUCAAGGGGUCUUUUAUGUGCUUGACACAAUAUAGCCUAGUUGGUGAUGAUGUGCCAUAAAACUCAAUUUCCUUCAUUCGGUCAUCCACACUGACAAGAGAAAACAGGAUUGAAGACAAUGGAAUUGAACCUAAGACCUGUUUCCAUUUUUCCAAACAAUAUUUUUUUGGCAUUUCCCUUGUCUUGUUUCAAUUAUAUUCACCGGCUUUAGAAUGUUAAACAUACAUUAUGCAAGAGGUAAAUCUCCAAAUUGCAGGGCUUUCUUUACGUCUGAAAUGUUAUCUAAAUUAUUAAUUAGACAUUAAUUAACUUUUCCAGACCAUAAUCAACUCUCGAUGGCAUCGCUAGCCUGUGAUAUUUACUGGAUUAGAACCCAGGCUACUGCUUCUGAUUAAAUCAAAAAAUGGAUAAUCGAGAUUAUGUUUUUUAUUGUACAGACUUAAGUAAUGAUGAUCGUGGCUAGGCCCAAAAUUCAAUCACUAAUACUCAGUUCAGGGUGGAUCAAUUUGACUGAAAUUUUCAGCAAAUUCCCUUUACAUUAUCUAGUUUUAACUAUUAUAGUGAAAACUACCAGCUCUUUAUCUAAUCUCACAUAAUGUAUCUUUAAGUGUCAAUCAAUUUAUAUGCCACAAGAUAAGAAUAUUUAAGAUUAUAUUUUUAAAAAUAUUGUGAUAAUGCUAAAAAAUGUUGUAUUCUUUUGGUAAUAUAUAUCUUUUAAUCACAUUUAGCCUAUGAUUUAAUUUUUCUGUUUAGAAAAUAAUAUUUCAGUUAGAAAUAUGGUAUGGGCUUGAAUGAUCUCGAAAGAAAUAUAUCUUUGAGAUCUAAAGUGUGCAAUUGUAUGAAAAUUUCAUUUUGUAAAAUGUGUGAAUGAAAAAAAAAACCCCACUGGACUGUUCAGAUAUUGAUUGAAUUAAUAUUUUGAUAUGCUUGGUUGCGAUGGUGUUAAUGGAUGAUUUGAAGUUGCUAUGGUUAUAGCUAAAUGUAUUGGUAUUCUUGUGUUUAUUAAUUUUGUAAUAUAAAAAAAAAUAAUAUUUUUCUAGCUUAAGACUGACAACUACCAGAGAUACUGAAAUAGGAUCUCCAUCACUAGAUUUCUCCAUCACUAGAUUCUCCAUCACUAGAUUUCUCCAUCACCUAGAUUUCUCCAUCACUAGAUUCUCCAUCACCUAGAUUUCUCCAUCACUAGAUUCUCCAUCACCUAGAUUUCUCCAUCACUAGAUUCUCCAUCACUAGAUUUCUCCAUCACUAGAUUCUCCAUCAUCUAGUUUUCUCCAUCACCAUAUUCUCCAUCACUAGAUUUUUCAUACUUUAUAAUUAGUUACUAUAGAAACCUGAUUAUAUGAUUCAGUUACUAUAGAACAAGAUUAUAAUGAGAAGUUUCUAUAAAACUGGAUUAUAUGAUUUAGUUACUAUAGAAACAGGAUUGUAUGAUUUAGUUACUAUAGAAACAGGAUUGUAUGAUUUAGUUACUAUAGAAACAGGAUUGUAUGAUUUAGUUAAUAUAGAAACAGGAUUGUAUGAUUUAGUUACUAUAGAAUCAUGAUGAUAUGAUUUAGUUACUAUAGAAACUGGAUUAUAUGAUUAAUAACUAUAGAAACAUAGUUACUAAUAGCAAUAGGAUGAAUUGAUUUAGUGACUAAGAAUCAUGAAAAUUUAAUUUAGAAACGUAAUGAUUUAAUUUAGUUACUAUAGAAACUGGAUGGUAUGAUUUUGCUGCUAUAGAAACAUAUGAUUUGAUUUAGUUACUAUAGUAACAGGAUGGUAUGAUUUAGUUACUGUAGUAACAUAAUGGUAUGAUUUAGUUACUAUAGAAACUGGAUGGUAUGAUCUAGUUACUAUAGAAACUUGAUGAUUUGAUUUAGUUAUUAUAGAAACAUGAUUAUAUGGCUUAGUUACUAUUGAAACAUGAUUAAAUGAUUUAGUUACUAUAGAAACAUGAUUUAGUUACUAUAGAAAAAUGAUUAUAUGACUUAGUUACUAUUGAAACAUGAUUAUAUGAUUUAGUUACUAUUGAAACAGGAUUUAGUUACUACAGAAAUAGAAUGGUAUGUAUUAGUUACUAUAGAAACAGGAUGGAUUGUUUUGGUUGUUAUAUUAUUGAUAAUGAUGUGACUGUGAUAAAAAGAUUUAUAUGUUUUACUGAUGACAAGAUCUACAUUUCUAGAUCUUUCCUACUUUAUAAAGCAGGUAGCUCACAUUUAAUACAUUUAUUUUUUGGUGGCAUUAAUUUCUUAUUUUAUUCUACUUGUAUAUAAUAAUUAUCAAACAUAUUUGAAGAUAAUGUGGAUUCUUGAAAUGUUCUACAAUUUAAACUAGAGUAUAGAUAGAGUCCUUUUCAAAAUCAGAUAUUACAGAUUUAUUUUUUGUGGACAACAGUUUUUCUUUUUUUUUUAUUGACUGAAAGUAGGAAAAGCAGAUUGUAAAUCUUAAUAGAACUUGUCUACGACAUCAGCUUUGGUGGAAGUGGAGGCAAAACUUUAGGAACGAACGAACGAACGAACGAUCUUAAUAGAAUGGAUUUGAAUAAAAAAAAGUUUGAAUGGUGUCUCAUUUCCAAAAGAGCACUUAAACAUAUAUUAUGCACAAGCUAAAUCUGCCAAUUGCAGGUUUUUCUGUAGGCCUGAAAUCUUAUCUAAAUUAUUAAUUAGACAUUGAUAAACUUAUCCAGACCAUAAUCAACUCUUGAUGGCAUCGCUAGCCUGCGAUAUUUACUGGAUUAGAACCCGGUCUGCUGCUUCUGAUUAAAUCAAAAAAUGGAUAAUCAAGACUAUGCUUUUUUAUUGUACCGACUUUAGUUAUGAUGAUCGAGGCUAGGCCCAAAAUUCAAUCGCUAAAUACUUGGUUCAGGGUGAUCAAUUUGACUGAAAUUUUCAGCUUAUUCCAUUUACAUUAUCUUGUUUUUAACUAUUAUAGUGAGAACUACCAGCUCUUUAUCUAAUCUCCCAUAAUGUAUCUUUAAAUAGAACAACUUUACCUCUGAUGAAUUUGGUCAUAUGGACCCAGCUCACCAAUUAUUCCUACACCUUCUUUUUAGCAAGAGGUUGUCACAGGUUGCCCCAUCUGUGGUAGAAAGUGUUUAACCCCACGAAAAUUUGGAGAAAAGUUAGAGCCGGUCUAAGAUACAAGAAUUAACAUUAAAGUCAAUGGAGAAAUAAUUGGUGAUCUGUGGCCAUACUAGAGGUAGGGGAAUCUUCUUUAGCCACUUUUAUGCAGGGCCCUCACAAGCCUAUGUGGCGCUCCUGGGCAAAAGUUUACUUUAUCUAAAUAACUAUUUAUUAAAUCAGCUUCUAUGCUUGUAUGUAAAUUUUUAUGUUUAUUUCUACUUCAAACCUCCAUUUGAUUGUAAAAGCCCUAUAAUAUAUCUUGGAAAAAUCAUAAUUCCACCCUCUCUAUUGGCUGAAAUAUGAACUGGUUUACACAGGGUUGGGGGAAGCAAAGUUUGCUAUAUCAGGAGGCUAGUCCAUAAAAAUUCAAAGGGCCGUACACUUUGAAUAUUUCUGAUAUGCACUUACAUAAUUUGCCACCCCCAAAGAAGUGUCCCCCCCCCCCCCCCGGCAUAUGCACCCCACCCCGCCAUGUGUGGACCCUGCUUUUAUGGAGUCCUACUACAAUGAAAAUGUUCUUAUAAUACAGUGUUCAUUUACAUUCAUACUUAGUGGUUUAAUAAGUUUUAAAUUUUGUGCUCUUCCAACCUAUGACCCACCCCUCUGCUCCCCAUUCUGAUAUCUAACAGUGAUAAAUGAUUUUAAGACUGACACAGGAGAUUCCCAGAAAUGAUAAAACUUUUAGAUUAAAUGAGGUUUAUUUGGUUCCCGAAUUGAGCUCUUUAUUUUAGUGUAUAUAGGCUACUUACCAUGUGAUAUUUCCUUCAUAUUAUAAUAAUAUACUAUUUUGUAUAAAAUAAUGUACCGUUUAUACUCUUCUGUAUUAAAUAAUGUACCGUUUAUACUCUUCUGUAUUAAAUAAUGUACCGUUUAUACUCUUCUGUAUUAAAUAAUGUACCGUUUAUACUCUUCUGUAUUAAAUAAUGUACCAUUUAUACUAUUCUGAAUAAAAUAAUGUACCGUUUAUACUAUUCUGAAUAAAAUAAUGUACCGUUUAUACUAUUCUGUAUUAAAUAAUGUACCAUUUAUACUAUUCUGUAUUAAAUAAUGUACCAUUUAUACUAUUCUGUAUAAAAUAAUGUACCGUUUAUACUAUUCUGUAUUAAAUAAUGUACCGUUUAUACUAUUCUGUAUAAAAUAAUGUACUGUUUAUACUAUUCUGUAUAAAAUAAUGUACCGUUUAUACUAUUCUGUAUAA